ACACCAUAACGCUCGGUCCAGAGGAACUGCAGAACUAGUCGCAGCUCGCAGCCUGUGCGUCGAUCCAUCAGAGCGUUCUCCGUCUUGCAAACUCUCGGGAAGUGUUUUUGAUUUAAAAAUUCGUUUAUCAAGAUAUUCUUCGGGUGUCAAUAUAUAAUUCGACAGUUGCUUUGAGUAUCACGUGUGUGAAGAUUUUGAUAGAACAAAAACCUCUUUUUUGGGAAAAACCAUCGCAAAAGGAUAUAAAGCAUAUAAUUUGGGUAUUAUAGAGAAUUUGUAUCACGCGACAACAAGAAAGAAUAUAAUAAUGAGUCUGCCUCUCCACAAAAUUCAUAUGUAAAUAGUAUCAACAACGGUAUAAGAAACGAGAAAGAUCUCGGUCACCGCGAGUGACGUUAUAGUGCAUUAAACUUUAAAGAUGGUGCGAGGUCUAUCGCAGUGGACCAAAACUUUGAGUUUCCCAGCCAGGGUGUCACCACAAAGACCCGUGAAAGAAUUCAAAGGUUUUCACAUAAGCCCUAGUGCUAGCCCUACAUCACCGCCCAGCCCAAUCAAUGACACGAUGGAUAAAGCACCUAUAAUUACUGAUGAGACUUUCCAAGAUACGGAGGCAGAAAAGGCAAUAAUGGGUUCAGUCGUAUAUUGUAUACAUUACAAGGAUGGCUGCAAAUGGUCAGACGAACUAAGGAAGUUAAAGGCGCACUUAAAUACAUGUAAACAUGAUGCGGUUCCUUGUGGCAAUAAAUGCGGGGCGAUGAUUCCUCGUGUACUCAUGGAAGACCAUUUGAAAUAUACCUGCGCCCAACGUAGGGCUCGUUGCGACUUUUGUGCCAAAGAGUUUACGGGACAUACUUUGGAGAAACACAUGGGAACGUGCGGCUACGAGCCCCUGUAUUGCGAGAACAAAUGUGGAAUGAAGGUCCAAAGGAGACAUCUCGGACAGCACAAGUUAGGCGAAUGUGCCAAAAGAUUGGUCGCCUGUCGUUACUGUAACAAAGAAUUCGUUUUCGAUACGCUCGGCGCUCAUCACACGAAAUGCGGCCGAUUUCCUGUUGCGUGCCCUCAUCGUUGCGAAACCGCGGUACUUCCCCGAGAGGAUCUCGAGGUUCACUUAAAGGAUCAUUGCACCACGCAUUUACUUUCGUGUACAUUUAAGGACGCCGGUUGUCGCUUCAAGGGAAAUAGAUUUUCGCUCGAUAAACAUCUAGAAGAAUCCACAAAAAUGCAUCUAAGUCUCAUGUGUAGUCUCGUAACGAAGCAGCAACAUCAAAUAACCAGUCUAAAAUCAGCGAUCAGCAAACUAUCAUUAAACUACACGGGUACACUUAUAUGGAAGAUUACGGAUUAUGCCGCAAAAAUGUUAGAAGCUAAGGCGAAGGAAGGAAUGGAGCUCAUCAGUCCACCUUUUUAUACUAGUCAAUACGGAUAUAAAUUACAAGCCUCGAUUUUCUUAAAUGGAAAUGGGACCGGAGAAGGCAGCCACAUCUCGAUAUACAUAAAAAUCUUGCCAGGUGAAUACGAUGCACUUUUACGAUGGCCAUUUUCGCACAGCGUGUCAUUCACCAUGUUCGAUCAGACGAUCAUCGCGGAAAAGGCUUGCAACAUCGUGGAAAGUUUCAUACCCGACCCGACGUGGAAAAACUUUCAACGGCCAAGUCGCGAGCCGGAUUCUUUAGGUUUCGGCUUUCCGAGAUUUGUGUCCCACGAGAUGGUGAAGAAGCGACACUUCGUCAAAGACGACACCAUGUUUAUUCGAGUUAAAGUGGAUCCUAGUAAAAUCGUAGCGGUUUAAACUUUAAACACACACGAUGACUCUACUAAAGGAUUAUACACGUUUAUGGUUACGGACUUUAUAUGUGAUAUUUCCGAGUACUCGCUUGGGCAAAGUAUACGGUACUUAUGUUGCUUUGAAUUAUGUGGCGAUAAUCCUAAGCUGAAACCUAAUGAAAAGGCAUUAUGAAAAUUCCCGCCUAUGUCAAGACAAUUUUGUUGCAUUUGUUCACAUAUCAUUAUACUAUUGUUGACAUAAUUCUCUGCUAAUAGAAUUAAUAAUUUAUUGAUAUUGCCAAAUAUGAUGCAUAAAACCGUAUUUACUUAUUCAAUUUUUUUAUUUGUCUUAAAAUUUUUUAUAUUAUUUUUUGUAGA